AUGGCCGAUUCCAUUCGAGCUUCGACAAGAUGUCCACCCCCACGGCAAGGCAGAGGAACACCACUUGACACUAUAGUCGAAGACGUACGCGAGGGCCAAUAUUCGGAAAAGCUCGACCAUCAUACCGGGAGGGUUGAGCCAACUACUCCAACUCCGCGGCUUAAGCUCCAGACCAGCGGCCUUUCUGAGUCGUUUGCCUCAAGGUUAAAUCGUCUUCGAUCGCCCAUAUCUGCAGGGACAGUCUCGUCUUGCUCGGAUACAGAAUGGCAGCGACAGAUGCAAAACUUGGAUGAUCUGUAUGAUGUCACGGACGACGACUCUGACUUCAGUGACGAGUGCACGUCAUUCUCCAGUUCUCGACCAACGAGCCUGACGACUCCUAUGACGAGGAACUCGCUGAUGUCGCCUGCCAGUCGCAAUCGCUACCCCAGCCUGACGAUACCCUCUUCAAACACAUGGCCAUCUCUCCACAAUGCCCCUAAGAGCUCUCCCAUCCCUCCCACUCCGCCACCGAAGAUACCUGUCUCCCCAGCUGCUUUGUCAAAACUUGCACGCUGCGUGCCAGCCCUCAACGCUCCUCCCUCUCUAGAUGGAAGCGUCUCAUCGGAUCAAAUUUCCUCGAGUAGUGAACCAGCAACUCCUGAUAUGCAGUCCCUUCCCGACAUUGAUUGGGACGCGCAAGACUUCCAUGUGCGGCCAGAUGAGGUGGGCAGUCAACCUGCGGAUCUUCCAGCUGUGGAGAUUGGCGAAACCGACAUGCAAAGCAUUGAGAUUGCCUUUGAAACAACGGACGAGGAUUGGCGACACGUCCUUGGCAACUUCCCCUCUAUUCCGGGUCAACCUUCAUUGCCGUCGGAUGACGGGGUUUUCCUGCCUGAAGAUGCUCUUGCAAUCUUGAGGCAUAUCCCCUUGAAUUCGACGCCCGAGCCAUGGUCGGAAACAACCGACCAGAAUGACGAGAUGUGGCAGCUUGAGGUGCCGGUUCAGCGUCCUCGCAGUGCUGAUGACGCGACUCCAGCAUCGGCCCUCUCUGGGUACAGUUUCAGUGGCCUCAGCAUACCAUCCCCUGGCGGAUUCUUCGCUUCGCUUGGUCCUCGGGCUCGCCAUACCUGGUCUUUCCCCCGCACAGCUAAGCCACCUUCGUCUGCCAUUGCUGAGGGGUUUUAUAACCUACCGUUCAGUCGAGAUAAUAGAGAAAUCGUCGAGCAAAUAAUUGAAUGCCCUGAGCCGCUUACAGAGGAGCAGCUGACGGCAGUCUAUGCCCCUGAAGGGCCACUCACUGCCAUCAAAAUUCCGCCCGAGGAGUCAUCUGUACCUUUUGAGUACCGGGGCAGCCCCGUGAGUCCUGGCCCUGAAGGAGUGUACGAGAUCUCGAGGCCUGCGACUUGGUGUGAGAAUCAGGAUCACGACGAAAAUUACGAAGAAGAGCUGAAGAAGAAGGCAGUGGCGAGCCUGGACCGGACAAGUGUCUGGUUAGCAGCGCAAGAAUCAUAUCUUGCCGCUCUCCGUGAGACCAAUCCUGUGAACAUGGAGGAUGAAGCAGACAGUGACGUCGAAGCUGUGCUUGAUGACACUGAGCAGGGUUCACCAGAAAUGGGUCCUAGGAAAAACGUCCGUUUUGCUGAAACAGUUCCCGGUGCCCCCAGACCACCCUCUGCACUGGCGAGUCGGGAUUCAAUCUACUGGCGAGGCUUCCAAUCAGUGCGCGGACGUUCCGAUAGUCGAGACAGUUUCAUUCAUCGCAACACGCGCUUUGACGCUGUGCAGUCAAUCCGGCUGGGCUUGGCCGGCAUGCACGCUAAUUGUCUGUCGGGCAAUUACGAGCUUGUUCGCCCAGAGCGGCCACCUUACAAAGGUCCAUUCUCACAAGCUCCGCGCAACUCUGUGCUCACUUCGGUCUUGGCAGAGAAGGCUCAGUUCUCUAUUCUUGAGAAGGAGCAAUUGGUUCUCUCUCAGAUCCGGGCACCUAUGUGGGCCAUGGACGCUCUUCGAUACCUUAAUGGCGGCUGUCUGGUUACUAGCCCCGCGAGAAAGCGUCUUUCCAUGGCAGCUGCGCCAACUAACUCGCCAAAAGCGAAAGGACGCCGCGUGAGGAUCUUGGACUUGGGAGGACAUGCUUCAUGCGAGUGGGCAUGGCAGCUGGCACAUGACUACCCAAAUGCCACAGUCUACACAGUCUUCACUGAACAUCAAGCAGUGAAUCAAGGCAUCAAGGGUCCUUCGAAUCAUCGACAGGUUCCUGUCUCACAGCUAUGGAAAUUGCCAUUCGCUGACAACAAGUUCGACUUGAUCUCAGCCCGCUCCCUUCCUGCCCUGUUGAAAAACGAGCGGCCUGUUGGUGAAAAUCAGGAUGAGUACGAUCUAUGCUUGCAAGAGUGCCGCCGUUGUCUUAAGCCCGGAGGCUAUCUUGAAUUCUUCGUGAUGGAUGCCGAGAUCUCGCGCGCAGGACCCUACGCCUCUGCUGCCUCCAUCGAAUUCGCCUUCAAUCUCAAGACAAGAGGAUACGAUCCGCUGCCAACGAAGAGCUUCAUGCCGCGCUUGCUCAAAGGAGGCUUCGUGGGCGUUAAAAGAGCAUGGAUGUUUCUCCCGAUGGGCGUGGAGCCUGUGAAGGCCGAGAUGCUCAGGGAAACCCCGGAUCCUCGGGUUAAGAGCCUGAUCGAAGACUGCGAGGCAGUCCAUGGUCCCGUGGGUAGCACAGCUGAUAUCGCCAGUGUGACUGGGCUUCUGGGAGGCUGGAUGUGGGAACAAUGGCUUCUUAAGUUGCAGGUUGAAAUGGGACGGGAACAAUACCGCUUGCUUGAGGGCAUCGGCAGUGUUUUCGAUGAAGGACGCAAAAAUGGCGCAGGCUGGACCUGCUUGUCUGGGUGGGCAAUGAAGCCGAGAGGCAAAAGAUUGCCCAAGGCUGUGGAACGCAACAAUACUUUCGCUUGA